AUGGACACAGGCACUGGUUUCUACACGGGUAAUGGACACAGGCACUGGUUUCUACACGGGAAAUGGACACAGGCAUUGGUUUCUACACGGGAAAUGGACACAGGCAUGGUUUCUACACGGUAUAUUAUUAUUUUAGUGGGAGUUUUAUCCGCUACCCAGUCAGUGACGGUCCCAGGGGUAACGACGACGGAGGAGUACCAGCAGUCCGCCAUUUUGGACGAAGAUGCGAGUUAUAUUUUGUUCUGGAAUUUUAACGACACUCACAUCACGUUCGAGGCCCAUGUGAAGACGAGAGGUUGGGUCGGACUGGGUCUGUCGGAGAACGGCGACAUGUAUCCUGCCGACGUGGCUGUUGGCUGGGUCAACGCCGACGGAAGUUUAGAGCUACAUGAUAUGCACACGACAGGUCACCGGCCCCCGGUUCUAGACGCCUCUCAGGACUGGUUCCCGGUUCUUGGAAUGGAGAACGACUUUGGAACUGUACUUAAGAUAGUCCGCAAGAUCAAGACGUGUGACAAGGCUGAUGAUAAGAAUAUCAAUAUAGGAACCAACAGAGUGAUCUUUGCAUACGGUGACUCGGACCCCCUCUCCCCACAAGAGCUGCAUUACCAUGGCAACCACAGGGGAACAAAGAGCAUGUACUUUAUCAACCCUGACAAGGGCGAGUCCAACAUUUCCCCCACAGAGAAGGUCAAGCAUCUGGACUUCCUUAAUGACAACUUUAAGCUGCCGAACAAAACAACGACGUACUUGUGCAAGGCGUUCUCUAUUCCUCCCAUUGGCAAGCAUCAUAUGAUCAAGUACGAACCAGUUAUCACCCCUGGCAACGAGAAGCACGUGCACCACAUCCAGUUAUCCCGGUGUCGGGAGCCCAACCCGGAACAGUACAACGGCUUAUCAGAACACUGCGAUGAUCCCCUUAAGGUCAAUAAGACCAUUCCGAAUUGCAGCAACUACAUCAUAGCUUGGGCCAUCGGAGGACAGGCGUUCUAUUAUCCCGAUAAUGUUGGAAUGUCUGUCGGUGCCGCCGACGACGGUAAUUACUUCCGAAUGCAAAUUCACUAUGACAACCCCGAAGCUCGGUCGGAUAUUCUAGAUAGUUCAGGGCUACGGAUCACGAUAACACCCGACCUUCGAUCCCAGGAAGCUGGAAUGUUGGAGAUUGGAAUGAUUGCGAAUAUCCGCCAGGUGAUACCUCCAGGGGAGAAGGACUUUGUCUCGAGCGGACACUGUCACAGCGGCUGCACUUCCAUGGCCAUGAACCAGGCAGAUGUUCCGGAAUUUAAGAUCUUCGGCGCCCUUCAACACUCGCACUUGCAUGGCGUUGCCAUGAAAACACAUCACUAUCGCAAUGGGACGGAACUUCCGCCUCUCAUCGACGAUCCCAACUACGACUUCAACUUCCAGGACCUGAGAAAGCUCCCUCAGGAAGUUAGCGUUUAUCCGGGCGACAGUUUUCGGGUCGACUGCCACUACAAUACGAUGGACAAGACAAAACCAGUGCUGGGCGGUUUGUCCACUCAGGAAGAGAUGUGUCUGACCAUCGCCUACUACUAUCCCAAAAUACCCCUCACUGGCUGCAUGUCCACCGCAUCGUAUGGUCCAAAAGGCAUUUUUGUGAAAUGGGUCCAGCAGCAAAUCGAAACGGCAGAUUGGUCCAACGAAACUGUCGUAGACUGGUUUAAGACACAGCAGACAACAGCUGAACAGUGGAAGUUUUGUAACGGGAACCUUACGUUUCCAGCUGAUUUCGAGUACAGAUGGAUACCAAACUACCCAAGUCAGAGCUACACUCCUCCCCAGCCGGAAUGCUCAUUAUCCCAAGUCAGCGCAUAGGAUAUGUUCGUCUAAUAGUUGUAAAUAAAC